GCGCAGUACGUGGGGAUUCCUAGGAUUACCCGGCGUGCCCCGCGGGAAAGAUGGCGGUCGAGAAGGAGAGAAGGAGAUAAACUUUAUCUAGCAACAGAAACACCUAAAUUAUUAUCAGAAACAGACAACGACAGUCUUUUAUAUCUGUUUAGUGUUUUCUCUGGUGACCCAGCGUCUUCACACCUGCGCGUGACUCUCUAGCUCAUAACGGGCCGAAAGCACAAAUCAGUGGUGCUUCGCUAGCAAGAGCUAGCCAGGAAGGGAACUGCGGUGUGUGUGUGGUCAAGAGGAAAAUUAGAGGAUAAAGUUUAUUACCACGGACUGAAAGUGGGAGCUGUUUUGGAAGCACAAAAGGUUAUUACACAAGUUUGAGGACAAGAAAGCUUGCCGGCGUCUUUGGUCUCGCAUGCCCUGAGUGGAGGAGAGAAGAGAAGAGGAGGAGGGCGAGGAAGAGGCCGCGGAGAGGGACGCCUACAGGAUUGAGUUUCCGUAGCGACUUGGGAGACAGUCCUGGCCAUGACUCUGGAUCGUGCAGUCCCUGCAGUGAAGAAUGCCUUUGGUGUGAAGUCUCGUGGAUGAAGACAUCGUCUGCUGAACAGCUUGGAAUUUGGGACUAACGGAUUGAGUGCCGAGCCGUGACGUGACGUGAGGUGUCAGGAUGACGAGCGCGGGCCCAGCCAGGAAGCCGUACCGCAAGGCUCCGCCUCAGCACCGCGAGACGCGCCACAGCCUGCCCGUAUUCCGCGAGGACCUUGGCGUCUCUGCCGGACCACCCAGCGGCUCCCCCGGCAUGGCGCCGCCAUCCCCCGGCACCCAGCACGACCCCUGCCAGGAGUCCUUAUCAGACUCAGACAGGAUCAAGAUCCUCCAGCAGCAGAAUGAGGACCUGCGGAGGCGCCUGACUCAGACCACACAUAAGAUGGAGGCCAUGGAGACGGAGUUCGAGGCCAGCCGACACUACAUGCAGGCAGAGAUGGGACGCACACGAGACGACCUGGACAAGAUGAGAGACAAGUUCCGCAGACUCCAGAACAGCUACACAGCUUCUCAGAGGGCCAACCAGGAGCUGGAGGAGAAGCUGCACGCCUUGCUGCGCAAAGUGGAGCGGGACAAGAAGACGAUGGACCAGGAGAUUGUGGAGCUCACCAACAAGCUCCUGGACGCCAAGAACACUAUCGACAAGUUGGAGGAGCUCAAUGAGCGCUAUCGGCAGGAUUGUAAUUUGGCGGUGCAGCUGUUGAAGUGCAACAAGUCUCAUUUCCGAAAUCACAAGUUUGCCGACUUGCCUUACGAGCUGCAGGAGAUGGUCAACAAGCACAUGAAGAGCUCACAGAGCGGGCAGCCCGGCCUGGCGGCACAGGGCCAGGACCCCGACACCCUCAGCCUGACGCCCGCUGACGUGGUGCCCACCUCCGUCAUCGCCCGCGUCCUGGAAAAGCCUGAGCCGCUGGUGCUCAACUCGGCCCAGUCCAGCAGCGGCGUCGGCCGACCCGUUGCUGAAGAUGUGUUUGUGCACGUGGACAUGACCGGGCCGGGCAGCGAAGGGGCCAGAGGCGGCUACGAGAACGGAGGGCCAGGUCACGGAGGGCGCCCCCCGCAGGCAGCGAGCGGAACGGAACCGCAGCACCUGAACGGGUCAUGCCGACGCCAGGGCAGCCUGGACGGCCCGGGGCCGGAUGACCCGGGAGCAAUGGCGGUUGCGGCGGCGGCAUUCGAGAAGCUGAACCCGUACCCGGCGCCCCUGCACCCGGCCCAUGCCAUCUACCCGGGCCGCAAGGUCAUCGAGUUCUCGUCGGACGACAAGGUGAAGAUCCCGAAGAACAGCCCGCUGCCCAACUGCACGUACGCCACACGGCAGGCCAUCUCCCUCAGCCUGGUGCAGAACGAGGAGGAGGCGGCCAACGAGCGCCAGCGCCAUUCCCCCAGCAGCAGCCCCGCCGUCUCCGAGGGGGGUUGGCGCUCCGGGGCCUCUUCGUCCUCAGGGGGGGGCAGCAGCAGCCACCAGUCCCACCCCCACCAUCACCACCACCACCACCACCGGCAGGCGGCCACCCCCCCGCACACGGAUGCCACCGACCCCCCCUCCAGCCAGUCCAGCCCCUUCAGCAGCCCCCCCCAGCCCCCCAGCGCUUUUGCCAGCUCUGGCAGCUCCGAGGAGGACCUGCUGACCAACUGGCAGCGCAUGUUCGUGGAGAAGAUGGCCCCGUCGUCCGAGAACACGCUUAUCAACCGCACGUCCUUCAGCAGCGAGACCGUCAAGGAGCUCCAGCACGUGCGACACGACCAGUCCCCCAGCCCCUGCGGGCCCAGCAGAGGGGCCUCCCGAGGGGCUUACUCCGACGGGGAGGAGGGCUCCUCCACUCGGAGCUGGACGGCCAGCCGCGAGUCUAGCCUGGACACGGACACGGGCAGCCUGGCAGACCUCCGCACCAGGAGGGGGCAGUACGGCGCUGACUUCUCACAUGAGGAGAGCGAGCAGCUGCUCAUGGGCCUGGACCCGCUGGACGGUGACGACGGCGCCAGCGGUGACACGGCAGUCACCCUGGAGACCAGCCCGACGGCGGGCAAGCGGCAGGAGUCCCUGGAUGACGUGGGCUCGAUGGGGAGCUCGGCAGAGGAGCGGGACAUCCUGCCCCAGGACUUCCCCGUCAUCUCCCCCCGCGUCCUCGCCGGCCUGGAGGACUACUCCGAGCAGCCCCCCUCUCCCCCACCCUCAAACGGGGCUCACGGUCAGCCCCGCCGGCCCCACCGGCCCCCAGAAGAGUCCCAAGAGGAUGGGGUUGCACCACCUGCACCGCAAGGACAGCCUCACCAGGGCACAGGAGCACGGCAACCUCCUGGACUAGUGGCAGUAGGGACCUCUUCUCUCUCUCUCUCUCCCUCUCUCCUCCUCUCUCUCUCUCUCUUCCCCCUCCUCCUCCCUCUCUCUGUCUCUCUCUCUUCCCUCUCUCCUCCUCUCUCUCGCUCUCUCUCUCUUUCUCUCUCCACUGGGCUCUCUGGAUGAUUGGUCAUGAAGGCAGGCAGAGGUAAUGAGGCCAGACUCUCUGCACUGCUGCCUCCUGUCCUGUCUGGCCUUGACUGGUCCUGUUCAGUCAGGACUCAGGGAGAGAGAGAGAGAGAGAGAGAGAGAGAUGACCUGCUGUGCUGUGUAAGAGACCGUCAGACUGUCACUGUCUCUCCUGAUGGAGGGUGCCUGACAUAAACCAUAGGGCCGUUUGCCUUGACAUUCUGGACUCCAGGUCCUCUCUCACAUCAUGGGCACUCUCCUGCUCGCCCCAGCCCUCUCGUGCUGAAGGACGUACGUCUGAGACUCUCACCGGGAAGAACCCCAGGAUAUAGCCAUACUGGAGCACUGGCAGUCAUCAUGGCGGCCAUCAUCAACACACACACGCCGUGGAUUAAGCGUCUGGACAUGAAUGACGUUACGUUGGUCUGGCGGAUGGACUCAAAGCUGUUGGCCUGAGGUCUGUGGACUACUGCCUGCUUAUUUUUCGUCUGGACUCAAACGAACUUCUGGAUACCCCAAACACACCUUGUUUUCGACGCCACGCCUGAGGGCUAGCUCUCGACUAGCAUACGACAGGUGUGUUUGUGGGACAGGCAUGAGGUGAAAAGAUUAGAUGAAAUCUGUCUUGAUUACUCACAGUGCCUAACCCUCUCUCUGUCUGAGGGGGUCUCUCCCACCAACCCCCUUUAAGAAUGGACCUGGGAAGCCGCCGGGCCGGGCCGGGCUCCUCCUCCUCCUCCCUGCUCCUCCUCCUGCUCCUCCUCCUGCUCCUGCUCCGACCCGCUGUGCAUCCGGUCCAGAUCCACGCUGCAGGAACCCCCCUUCCUCCACCAGGUUCUCCUAAUGGAAUACUAGCCCUGCUCUCAUUGGCCACUCCAAUUGUCCGUAUGUGGUUACGCCCCGCCCACCACAGUACCCCCUGUCCUAGUCUCACUGUCCCCCCCCCCCCCCGGCAGCGUCUGCAAAGCUUUUUGCAGGAGUUCUUUUUGAAUCCCCCAUUGAUUAUCUGAUUGGUUUUAGGUUGUUUAAUUAAUUAUAGGAUGUGAUUGACUGACUUGAUUGAUUGAUUGAUUGAUUGAUUGAUUGAUUGAUUGGCUUACGUUUUCUUUUCAAGCCUUGUUAUCUGUUUAAUCAAAACUUUAUGGAGAUCUGAAAGCAGACACUGUCUUCAGAAAGCAGACACAAGAAUGGUCACACUGGGGAAUGUUCUAGAGGUGUGUGUGUUGUGUGUUUUGUUUGUGUGUGUGUGUGUGUGUGUGUGAGAGAGAGAGAAAGAGUGGAGCGUAUUACACCAAGCUAACCUCACAGGUACUCAGAAACACACUUCAGGGGAAGGCAGAGAAGCCAGCGGCCUUAGCGUCCCGACCUGAAACAGUGUUUGCUCCAUCCGUAAAUCCACAGUCGCCAGAGGGGUCUACUUGCCACUGGUCUCUACUGGCCACUGGUCUCCAGAGGGGUCUACUGAUCACUGGUCACUAGAGGGACACCUGGUUCUCACCUGUCUCUCGGGACACCUGGUUCUGCUGGACAGCUGGUUCUACUGGUCCCCUGUGUCCGAUGCUCAGGACAUGAUGUACACCUAACCCUGACUGUAGACCAGUACUGAAACUUGGGGCACUCCUCACCAACUGACCACGGCAGAUAGUCUGUGUGCUUAUUUAGCCCCUGUGUCAGUGUGUUGAAGUGACCACACGACUGGGUUUGCUGUGUUUCCCUCAACCUGGACUGGAUUGCUUUAGGAUCUCUUGACAGCUCCACCGGUGGGGAUUACUCACAAGUGUUUUUUUUUUCUGAAUCAACAGUGUGUGCUAGAACUGACUGAUAGGGGAGGAAAGCAGACAGGGAUGAGGAUGAAAUCAAAAUGUAAAAACUGUGCCACCAAUCAGAAUCACUGUGCUGUUUUUGUUCUGAUGUCUGUGUGACAGACUCAUCCAUCCUCAGCGAAUUGAGGUCUGUUGCGUUAGAUUUCAUGUUAAAAUAAUAAAAAAACAACAACACAAAAACAGAAAACGAAACAUCAGUCCUGUUCAGGAUUAGUUUUGAUGUAAGCCCUUUUUGAUGUACUCAAUCACGGUUGUAGUCAUGGCUACCGUAGUGUUCAUCUUCACUUCAAAGCCCUCUUUCUCUCACUGCUUUCCCAUAAUGCCGUCUGGCAUUAGGGAGACGAUACGUGUCCUUACCUGGAAUGCUUUAAAAAAAAGAAAAAAGAAAAAAAAAUGAUUUUUGGAGUUUUUAAUUUGUAGUUUAAUUUGUUUUUUUUUUGUUGUUAAGUUUUGUGUGUCUAAUCAGUCAGAGCGUGUGUGUGUGUGUGAGACUGAAGGUAUGAUCUCUGAAGGGUGUUUUUAAGGUCUUAUGAUGUAAUGAAAAGAGAUUUUUUUUUUCCCCCUUCAUGUUUUCCAAAUACAUAACUGUGUGGAAAGCUGAUUGGUUUGAAUGCGUUCUGCUUUUAAAGUAGCUGUGAGACUCUUCAGCUCUCUCCUGUUCAUUUGCAUUUUAUUUUAGUGAGUUUUUCAGAUUAUUUUCUGUCUGAUCAAAAGGAAAAAAAGAAGCUAAGAGAAACAGAUGUUCUGUCAUCCUGAAAACACUGUGUCAUGUGUGUGUCAUGCGUGUGUCGUCCAGUAUUCCAUCUACACACAUUAAUACGGUUUAACAGGCUCAUGAGCUGCGUGGCAUUUAACAGGUUCUCCAGGUCCUUCCAUAUAUCCAUACCAGUAUGCAGUAUCCAUCACUGGGUCAGGAAGCAGUGACUCCUUCUGGUUGGGGGUGUGCUCAUGACAAGUCAGCACAGAACAUAUCAGCAGCACACACACACACCACACACACACACACACACACACGCACACACACAGCUAGUUCCCAGACACUUCCACACCUAAAUGGCAUGUAGCCCAGCACUAGGAAUGUUCCGGAAGAAACACGGCCAAUCCUGUUGUAGUUCUGGCUCCACGGCGGAACUGGGUGGCGGUUAUGAAAGGCUCUCUGCGUAACCGCGCCGACACGGGUGUUCUGUUCCGCUCUCUGGCUUCUGUAAAUAAUUCAGUGACAUUUUCUCUGGUUGCGUGACGUUUGGCUCUGAGAUGUUCCAUUACCCGCGCCCCUCUCCUCUCCUCAGAGCUCCCUCCGUCUUUCCGGUUCCUCUAUUGAUCUUUCCGUUCAGACAUAAAUGCAGUUCUAUUAGUCCAUAAUUAAUAGGCAAUAAAUGAUUCAUAUUUUAUUACACUAAAAUAGGACAGUGAGAGAAAAUGGAGGGGGGGCGGCGGGGGGCUGGAGUUGACUGUCGUGGACUUCAAUGUAGAUCCCAUCGUUUCUGAAUAUUUCAUAACCUCAUCAAAUGUGAUGUCGACAAGGUUUCGUGCAAACAGAGGGAUGGAGAGAGAGAAAGAGAGGAGGGAGAGAGAGAAAGGAAAGAAAGGAUGUUCCACUCUGAGAUGUGCUGGGCGUAUAAAUAGACCUUUACAUCUGCUCUCCUGCAACUUUAAUAAGUCCCCCUCGCCAUCAUAAUGGAACACGUCCACAAGUGUCACUCAUGGCCCGUCGUCCAGGGUGAGUGAGUGCCUCAGGUGUGGAUUUAGAAGAGAGACUUCAAGUGUGCGCUGAAAUAAAGAACACGCUCCUUUGAUAAACAGUUCCCAGAGCCUCUGAUGAGUUUCUUUUUAAGAACUUUUGGGUUGACAGCCGUUAGAGCCGCUUUCUACAUCUGGUGCUAAAGGCACUUAGAUUAGACAAGACACAGAGUUGCAGUGAGGAACUAUAAGGGACUCUCAAGGGCACUAACACUAGACAAGCCACGCAGUUGCAGUGAGGAACUAUAGGGACUCUCAAGGGCACUAACACUAGACAAGUCACGCAGUUGCAGUGAGGAGUUGCCGCUUGGCAUCGGAUCGUCCAAUGAGAUCCUGGAAGGUGUUUGUCUCCCACAGCCACACCCCCCAACUCAAUCUGACAUGUCUGCUAAUGACCAUGGUGUCAGGAAUGCCGCCAUUAGACAGAUGAGCUGCAGGGCUCCACACAUGUUCAACAGUCUUAAUUUGGCUUCUCAUCCAUCUGCAUGCCUCCAGUCAUUCAGAAAUCAAUCACGCUUAAUCACCAUCAGUACACCUUCCCACCACCCAAACUCCCUCGACGACCCAGAUUAUAACACAUCUGUUUGACAUCCAGUCAGUUCACUCACUCUACUAGAUUACAGCACGCCAGUUUGACAUCCAGUCAGUUAAACACACUCUACUAGAUAACAACGCAUCUGUUUGACAUCCAGUCAGUUAAACUCACUCUACUAGAUUACAACGCAUCUGUAUGACAUCCAGUCAGUUAUCAUCAAGUCUCAUCCGCUUGUGCGUCGCGCUCAGACCUCAGCUUGGAUCGGUCCGUCUGGGGUGCUGAGUGGGAUCUGCUGUUGGAGGGGACGUUCAGUGAGUGACUUCUUUUGAUUGAGCUUUCUUAGAUGAGGCCCUUAUUCUAGCUAUUUUCUCUGGCCUCGAGGCCACCGUCAGUAUUGGCCUAGCAGUCCGAAUGUCCUCAUCUUCACAGUGUGUUUGAGUCUGUGUCCUUGAGUCAUUUCACCGCCGACGCCACGUUUCCCUCUGUGCUCUUUCCGUGGGCUUCUGGAUCCCUCACUGGCAUUUACCCACAAAUGCCAAUCUUCUCAUCUCAUGCUGUGCCAUCACUGUGGAAUCAGCUGUUUAACUGACCCAGUUGUGGAGUAUCGGUAUACACACACACACACACACACACACACACACCGCUUCUGAGAAUAGCACACCAGUGCUUCUUUCAAAGAAUGGUAGUCUGUGCUUCAUCUUUUUCCCAUCAUGCAUCUGACGCUUAGUCUGUUUUACUGUUGACCUGCAGGCCUCUGUCCUAUUUUGACUCCUGCAGGUUCAGUUUUCAGUCAUGGUCUUAUAGUUGUACCAUGUGUGAUUUAUUUUUUUCUUCUUGUAAAGACACAACAAAAAAAAAACUUUAAAUAUAAAAAUCUGAAAAAAGACUGUUAUACCUUGACUAAUUUUAUUUUCUCAAUUUGUAAACUGAUGUAUAUUUUAAAAAACAAAUAAACUAUUUUAAACUUUAAA